CAAAGGGAAAAGCGGAUUAAGUCGGGGGUAUUUGUCUUCCGUCCACAGUAGUGAAGUUGGGUGCUGAUGUAAUACACUCCGUACUGGGUAUGAGCCCGGCUCUGCUUAUUUGGCUUAUCGAUAACUCAGGUUAACAUCAACUUGGCCGCUGCGAUCCAUCGCUGCACCAACCACAUGGCUGAACCAGCGACACCCGGUUCCUACACUAGGUACCUAUCUCACAUCCCAUCCACAACCUGCCUGCUGUGUACUGGAUAGACAGCCGUCUUAGCAAGUUGCAUCCAGAGCCUUGAGGUAGACUCGUCCUUUCCAGCUUGUUUACCACACCCCGGUCGUGCUCGAUCAGUUCGGUUCAAGGGCGUGUUUGUUUUACCCCCCACAGAUCGCACCCGCUCUCACACCAUCCACCACUUCAAACAAUUGCCUGUACCGAGCCCCGAAUAUCCCACACCACCGAACCACGCACCAGAGGGUUUCCCCCCUCUCUAAUUGCCUCACACCAUUUAUCUACCUACUUGCCCGAGUUUCUUCCUCUUCGUUUCCACCCCAGACUUUUUUUUUUUUCUUUUUUUUUUUUUUGUUUUAAAAAAAAUGCCCCAACAGACCCCCCCAUCCACCCCGCCACCACAACCACCAACGCUCAACAUCAUCCUCUCCUUCCUCCUGGUCGGUCUCGCCUGGGGCUUCACCACCCCCUUCAUCCGCCGCGCCGCGCGCGACCACCAGAGGCGCCACCACCGCAGCCCUUCGUCGUCACACGCAGAGCACAGACUCGACUCGGCCCGGCAGAGCAAGAGCAGGCUUGCGCGCGCCGUGCGCCGCGCCGCGGCCGCCGUGCUCGACCUGCUUAUCAAUCCGCGCUAUGCCGUGCCGCUGGUGCUGAACUUGACGGGGAGCGUGUGGUUUUUUCUGUUGCUGGGGACGGCUGGUACGUUUUUCCUUUUUUUUUUUCUUCUGCCGUCUUUGGUUGCUCUUGUUUAGAUGAGGCUGAUGGAUGGUGAGUUGGUUGGGUGUUGUUGCUGACGAUCCGCUGCCAGAACUGAGCCUGACGGUGCCCGUGGUAAACACGCUGGCGUUUCUGUUUACCGUGCUGGGCGAGUGGUGGGUUGAGGGCAAGGUGAUCAGCCGAGGUGGGUGCCCGUGCCGUCCUCUUCUGGCCUGGUUUCCGUCUGUGUAUGAGGGGCGAUGCUGACUGCGGCCAAGACACGAUGCUUGGGAUGGCCCUCUCGGUGGUGGGCAUCGCGCUGUGUGUCCAUAGCAAAAACACCGCGUCAACGCCGUAGGCUCGCGACGGGCUGCAGGAUGCCCGUCGCGGAUUCUUGGAGCCUUAUGUAGACGGUUGCUAAAGCAAGCCAUCUGUCAUUUGCCGCCUGCUCUUCGCGGCCUCAUCCCCCCUUGCCGUGGUGUCAGACGUUGACUGAGAGGCCACAUCAUCACCAGCCACGAACCGUUCGGUGAGGUAACUUCUCGAAUUCGCAGCGCCUGCCGCUCUGCCUCCCCUGCACCAGGCAGGCUCGGUUAUUCUGUGUUCCCACAGACUGGCUUCCGCUGAGCCCCGUCUGCCAGGCAUCAGUAUGUACAAAUGGGGACGUGCCCGCCGCCCCGGUCCCAUAAUCAUGUAUAAGAAGAAAGAAAGGCCCCCCAGUACAAACCAACCAGUUCCACCUUUUUUUUUCUUUCCUGUGUUUCCG